AUGGCUCCCCCUAACCCUCUAUUCGCUCCUGCCGAUAGGAAGUAUCUUGGCCCUGAGGAAUUCUACGCCAGUCUCGAUGACUACGUCAACCCGAAUGUCAAUGUCUUUGAAGAAUAUCAUUCUAGUCUUUUUUACGCGAACCAACCAUCCUUCUUUGACAACGCUUUCUGCGGUCAUGACGAUUCAUCCAUUAUUCAGGAGGACCUUUUCGGUGCCAGGAUCGUCCACCGUACUGAGAUGGAUAUUGACUCGGAAGACAGCCGCCCUAAUUGUAAUGUUGAGGAGGACUCGAAUCUCUAUGGCCCAGAGUCUUCAAACACAAAUCCCACUCAUCAUGUUUGCCUCUUCGAUCCUUUCGCGCUUGUUGGCUCGACUAUUGAUCCUGAACUUCUCUCCUCUAAUGGUUCAGCGGGCAUUGAAAACCACAUCAAGCAUGACACAACUGAGAGCGUGCUGUUGGAAACAGAAUCCACCACUUCCGACAGCAAAAUCAUGCAGUAUCAAAUUAAAGCCGAUUUCGAUGAGGAGAUGCUUCAGGAUGCCAUGGCCAUCCUAGAAUUUCAAAGUCUCGUUGUCUUAAGAGAGCAAGAUCGAGCUCGCCUCAGAAAAGACAUUCCCAUAAUGAUGGACAAAUGGGCGACACAGGAAUUGGCGGAUACUCUCUCGGCCCUAGAGGACCAGUCUAUUGUUGACAGUAUAUACAAACUUCACCAACUUAUACUCUCUCGGAUCAAAGACUACCUGAAUAAGGCGACCUCUGAUUUCCUUCCACGAGCAUACCGAGGUCUUCCUGUGGUGGACUCGGACUUGACUUCUACCGAGCACCCAAGGCUUGAGGGGGAGUUUGACCUGGAUCUUCUUGGCAAACCUGGACGAAAAAUUCUUUUCUGGGCUUUCUUAAGACACGAGUUGAUGAGCAAGGUUCGCCUUUAUGUUGCGGUUAUCCAUCGUCGCUACAGGCCUCGAGUCGAACUGAGUCGACGAGGAGGCCAUAAGUUUCUACCAUGGGAGGACGAAGCCAUCAGGUGUGUUCAGAUAUAUAUACAGACUCUGUAUACAGCCUUCUUUUCUGAGUGGUCUGGAGCUGAGGUGCCGGAUCCACCACCCCCGGGACUUGGACGCUCCAACAGCAUAGUCUGCGAGACGACCCAAUGGGUAGAAGCGCUCACAGACGAUAAGUCCGUAUGCGCCAUGGCCGCAGCAAGGCUGCCGAGUUAUGGUCUUGAACCCAUCAUGAGCCUUAUGGACGAGAGACACAAGCAGCAAGGCCAAGAAGCUUCCAUUGAGCCUGCACUGUCUCUUAUCAGAAAUGCCAACUUCCGUUGUGACUAUGAUCGCGCCCACAAAGAAACUGUCUCAGGAAGUUUUGACAGAAAGAGGGGCUUGUUUCCAGAAUUAUGGAACGACAUCGUACUUCGUCAUGGCACGCCUCGCAAUUAUACGCAAGAGAAUCUUGCCCUACUCCGACAACGCGCAUGGGUUUUCUUCUGGGGGUUCUCCAGCUCAUCCUCAGCCCUCAGCCUUGCAUUUGCGUCUCGCACAACAACUCUCAGCAUUUGUCGCUGUGAGUAUCCAUCAUCGUCCCUCGCGAUGAAGAACAAAACCGAUUCAUGCUGGGAUGAGAAGAUUAUCGACCCUGACACCGGGAAGAGCCUCGAGGUCCAGCUCGUAUUAUCUUUGGUGAUUGGUGUCUCUGCCUUCUUCCUCUUCUGUUUCCUACGCCCACGAUGGCCCGCCCUUUACGCUGCGCGAAAACGGCGCCUCGAUCAUCAGCUUGGUCUACCCGCCCUCCCAAAUUCCACGUUUGGCUGGAUCCCGACACUGUUCAAAAUUACCGAGGAGCAGGUCCUGGCUUCCGCUGGACUCGAUGCUUUUGUGUUUCUGAGCUUCUUCAAAAUGGCCAUCCGACUCUUUAGCAUUAUGGCAUUCUUCGCGACUGUUAUCCUGUUGCCAAUCAAUCGUUCAUUUUCGGACACCAAAAGCAAGAAGGGCCAUGGUGGUGAUGAUACAUCAACUGUCCCGGGUUCGUUUUAUGGAACAGAUCAGAACGUGUUCUCAGAUGCAAGUUUCCUCGACAUACUUAAGCACAAAGAUAAAACGGACAAGAGUUACGAGAAGUCCUGGCUGUGGGCUUACGUUAUUUUCACAUACUUCUUCGUCGGCUUGACGAUAUACUAUCUCAACCUGGAGACAUUCCGCGUCAUCAAAUUUCGUCAGGACUAUCUCGGAUCACAGUCCACAGUGACAGAUAGGACAUUUCGACUUACAGGAAUUCCCGAGGACUUGCGAUCGGAGGAAAAGAUCAAGGAUCUCAUCGAAAAGCUGGGCGUUGGGAAAGUUGAGAAGGUCAUGCUUUGCCGAGACUGGAAGAAACUUGACGAUCUUGUGGAAUUGAGAGACGCCACUUUAAGACGCCUUGAAGGUGCCUGGGCCACUUUCCUUCAACAUCAGCGUCGGAAAAGAAAGAAUGCUGGACAUCAAGGAAGACGUGGCAAUGGUGUGUCUCAGGAACAAGAAGACGAUGACCAAACCGGAGAAAAUGGGCGCCUCUUGGACUCUCAACAGGAGCCCUGGGACUCUGGAGAUGAAGGCAGACCUAAAGUCAACAUACGCUAUGGUACCCUUGGUUUGCGAUCCCGCAACGUUGAUGCUAUCGAUUACUAUGAGGAACGACUUCGAAGAUUGGAUGCCCAAGUCAUAGAGGCUCGCAAGAAGACAUACGCGCCCACAGACAUGGCCAUUGUUACUAUGGACUCGGUAGCUUCAUGCCAGAUGGCCAUCCAAGCACGAAUCGACCCCAGGCCAGGCCGGCUUUUGACUAAGUUGACACCGGCCCCUUCGGACCUUGUCUGGAGGAAUACAUAUGCACCCCGUGGUAUUCGCCGCCUUAAGUCCUGGGCUGUGACUUUGUUCAUCACGGCGCUCACACUCGCUUUCAUUUUCCCCACCAUUGCCAUUUCGUCAUUGUUGAGUUACUGCACAAUUGAGUCCAACUUUAAACCAUUUGCCAAAUGGCUACAAGCGCACGGCGUUAUCUUCUCGUUGGUCCAAAACGGCUUGCCCGCUCUGGUUGUGUCGCUUCUUAACGUUGCUGUCCCUUACCUGUACGACUUCCUAUCCAAUCAUCAAGGCAUGAUUUCGCAGGGCGACGUGGAACUCUCCGUCAUCUCCAAGAAUUACUUCUUCACCUUCUUCAAUACCUUUUUUGUUUUUGCAGUUUCAUUGUCAGGAAUUAAUUUCUGGAGCAGGCUUCAGGAUUUUGCCAAGGACACAAGCAAAAUGCCACGCGCGAUUGCUGGUGAUGUGGAGAAGCUAUCGAUCUUCUACAUUUGCUUUAUUAUGCUACAGGGCAUUGGACUUAUGCCCUUCCGAAUUCUCGAGGCAGGGAGUGUAUUCCUCUACCCAUUCCUGCGUUGGUUGUCCAAAACACCACGCGACGCUCUCGAGCUCAAGAAACCCCCAGUUUUCCAAUACGGCUUUUUCCUUCCUACGUCUCUACUUGUUUUCAACCUGUGUCUUAUCUACAGUGUCCUGGCCUGGGGAUAUGCUAUACUCAUCGUUGGGACCGUCUAUUUCUGUCUGGGCUACUUUGCCUUCAAGUACAUGGUACUAUAUGCAAUGGACCAGCCUCAACAUGCCACUGGAGGUGCGUGGAGAAUAAUAAGCUACCGCAUCAUCGUCGGGUUGCUUGUCUUGGAAGUUGUCAUGGUGGGCCGAAUCGCCACUAGCGAGGCAUUCAUUCAGUCGGUGUGCAUUCUGCCACUGCUCCCCUUUACCAUCUGGUACAGCUACUAUAUCAAGCAGCGAUUCGAGCCUCUGACCAAAUACAUUGCACUUCGCGCUGUCAGGGCAGAUGAGGAUCCAGACGAUGCAGCUGCGCUGGAUGACGCAUUUGAGAACGAGGACCGCCCUCGACCCUCACAGGCCAUUCUGCGUCGUGGAAGCACCCUAGACGAGUACAAGGAGAAGGGCCUGCAAUUCGUCAACCCCAGUCUUGUGGCCCCACUUCCCCAGCCGUGGAUCUACGACGAGCCACCUCCACCAAUCCCCACGGAUGACACACAGACAAUAGAGGAGACUGAACGCCCUGUUCUGCAGGGUGUCGAUAGCACACUCGGUAUAGGAGACGAAAAUGUUUGGAGAGACAAUGGAGGAAAUAAUGUUUAA